CUCCAAGCCCCGUCCCCAAAACUCAAACCUACCCUCUCUUUUCGCGGGUCACGUUACCGUCCGGUGCCUACAGAUGUUUUCGACCGACGACGACUCCCCCUCUCUCCCAAAAUCCCCAAUUCUCUAUUUCAACCCCAAACCCUAACCCUAACCCUAGAUCAUGCCCCCCGCCGGCGGCGGCCGAGAGGACUGCUGGAGCGCGGGAACCUCCGCCAGAGCGACUGGUCGGAGGUCGCCGACGCCGUCAACGCCCGCCAGGAUCUCCUCGGCCGGCCGAGGAGGACCGACGUCCAGUGCAGGAACAGGAUCGACACGGUGAAGAAGAAGUACAAGCUCGAAAAGUCGAAGCCCCCGGGGACCUCUCAGUGGCCUCUCUUUGAUAAGUUCGACGCUUUCAUGGGCCCCAGCUCGUCGUCCGCGGGCAAGAGAUCGCCGGUGAUCUCUCCGCCUCGGCGUCCGAGGCUGAUGUUUACGGUUAAGCCCCGAAAACCUAACCCUAGUUCUAGCUCUAAUGUGGGUGGAUUUUCGGGUGGAUCUUGGAGGUUUGGGCCGCAGGAGUCAUCUAGUGAGAGCUCGUUAGGCGAGAAUGACAAAGAGUUGGAUGGUGAUGAGGGGGAGGAUCGAGGGGGUGAGAAGAGGAAAUGGGAGGGUUUGGUUGGAUGCGAGAGGGGAGGAGGAGGAGGAGGAGGAGGAGGAGAAAUGGGACAGCUUGCGAGGGCGAUUGUGAAUUUUGCGGGGGUUUACGAGAGGGUGGAGAGUGCGAAGCAGCAGCAGAUGAUGGAGCUGGAGAGGCACAGGAUGGAGUUUGUGAAGGAGUUGGAGUUGAAGAGGAUGAAGAUGUUUAUGGAGGUGCAGCUCGAGAUGGAGAGGAUGAAGAUGAAGCGGAGGAAGAAGAGCAGUUCUCGGUUAGGUGAGAUCAGAAUACGUUAAUGUUUUUCUUGCUCCUUGGAUGCUUCCUGGGUUUGAUUGGUUAAGCUUCAAUGGUUUGCCUCUUUGUAUGAUUUUCCUUAUUAAGGAAUGCUAAUAUCUUUUGCUACUGGCUUUUGAUAUCACCGAAAGAAAUUGGUUUGCACUUUCA